AAAGGAGGAACGAGAAACAGGUGGAAGGGAAGCCCCGUCUUUCUUGAUUCCGUCGUCGUCGCCGCCGGGAAGAUGAACGGCGGGCCGUCUGGUUUUCAUAAUGCUCCGGUGACGAAGACCUUCGUUUUCGCGAGCGGUUUCCUCACGGUUCUGUUGGGACUCCAAGGCCGCUCUCUCAAGCUUGGAUUGUCGUAUCAGGACAUAUUUCAAAAGUUCCAACUAUGGAAGUUUCUUGCCUCCAUCUUCUCUUUCUCAUCAACACCUGAGAUGAUUUUUGGUCUCUAUCUGCUAUAUUACUUUAGGGUCUUCGAGAGGCAGAUAGGCUCAAAUAAACAUACAAUCUUCAUAUUAUUCUCUGUCAUAUUGUCAUUAUUACUGGAGAUUCUAGCUUUGGCGUACCUCAAAGAUCCGUUGAGUAACCUUGCUUCUGGACCAUAUGGUCUUAUAUUUGCUGCUUUUAUGCCCUUUUACUUUGAUAUUCCAGUCUCAUCGCGGUUCCGUAUAUUUGGGAUAAAUUUCACUGACAAAUCAUUUAUAUAUUUAGCUGGCCUUCAGCUUCUUUUCUCAUCCUGGAAACGGUCUCUAAUACCUGGUUUAUGUGGUUUGCUUGCUGGGUCUUUAUACCGUCUUAAUGCAUUUGGCAUCCGCAAAAUAAAGUUUCCAGAUGCACUUUUGUCAGUAUUUUCACGGUUAUCUUGGCCCUCAAGUAGUUCAUCACCAACAUCAUCAAAUGGGAACAUUGUAGGAAAUGUACAUGCAUAUCCUGAUCAGAUGGAGGGUGGUUAUCCUUCUGCACCACGCAUUCCUGUCAUGGAGCCAUCUGAGACUUCGGUUGCAACAUUAGUCUCUAUGGGAUUCGACAGGGAUUCUGCAAUACAAGCACUUGUACAUGCUAGAAAUGACAUCAAUACUGCCACAAAUAUGCUGCUUGAAUCACAGUCGCGGUAAUGUUGUGUCAAAAUCAUGUACCGAACUCGAAGCUCGACGGUUGCAGAAGUCGUCAGAUCACUACUUGGGGCCAUAUUCAUUUGUCAAAUAUUUUGACUGCCCGAACAAUAACGUCACUGGGUUAUAGUACUUUGUAAAAAGAUAUGAUAGCUUAGGUAGGCAAUCCUUGUAAUGAUGUUGAUGUACACAACUAAUAUGCUACAAAUUUAAUGGACUACUCUGAUUUUUUAUGUUAAAGAAGCUUUUUAUUUCGAACUUUAAA